ACACGUCAUAAUAAUAAUAACCACAACAUGAUAACCACUACAACAACAUAAUAACCACUACAACAACAGUAGUGCUAAGAUGGAGUUUAUGGGCCCCCGAGAGGAGGCUCCACAGGAACAGAAGAUCCUGUGUUGUGAGUGUGGUACUCUCAUAACACCCAACCCUGCUAACAUGUGUGUGGCCUGUAUCAGGACUCGUUGCGAUAUCUCGGAGAACAUACCAAAACAGGUGAUCCUUCACUUCUGUCGGUUCUGUGAGCGGUAUUUGCAACCUCCGUCUACUUGGAUAUUGUGCGCUCUGGAGAGUAGGGAGCUCCUGGCUCUCUGCCUCAAGAAACUCAAGGGUCUCAAUAAGGUAAGGCUGGUAGAUGCUUCCUUCAUAUGGACAGAAUCCCACUCCAAGCGGAUCAAGGUAAACGUGACAAUACAAGGAGACGCGUUCGGAACAAUCCUUCAACAGCAGUUUGUAGUGGAAUACACAGUGCAUUACCAGAUGUGUGAAGUCUGCUGUAAACAAAAGGGUAGUGAUGGCGAGUGUUGGAGAGCGCUGGUACAGAUCAGACAGAGGACGAUACACAAAAAGACGCUGUUUUAUCUUGAACAGAUCAUAUUGAAGCAUAACAUGCACAAGGACCCUAUGACUAUCAAGGAGAUGGAGGGUGGAAUCAACUUUUACUACCAAGCUAAAAACAAUGCUCGAAAGAUGGUAGACUUCCUAAUGGCAAUGAUACCCUGCCAGUACAAAACAUCCCAGGAGCUCGUGUCACAUGACAUACAGAGUAACAUCUUCAACUACAAGUACACUUUCUUCGUCGAGAUUACGCGGAUUUGUAAAGAUGAAGUAGUCUGUUUACCGGUCUCGGUGUCUCGCUACCUGAACCACAUGUCCCAGGUUGCUAUCUGCACUAGAUAUCUGGUGAAUAAUAUCCAUCUUAUGGAUCCUAUCACUCUCAAGAUCGGUCAGCUGAACGCUGGACAGUAUUUCCGGGACGCAUUUGACGCCAUCUGCCACCAGAAGCAACUCAGAGAGUUCAUGGUAAUGAACAUUGAGCCUAUCUACAACCAAGAUAAGCAGUAUGGUUCUUACUCUCAUAAACACCAGCUGGCUGAUGUUUGGGUCCUGCCUCUUAACUCUCUUGGUACGGAUGACCAGGAGAAUGAGAUCCACACGAGAACCCACCUGGGUAACAUCAUACAGUGUGGGGAUUAUGUGCUAGGCUUCGAUGUGGCUCACGCUGUGGUCAACAACCAGGUCUUCGACAAGAUCAAACAGGGCCAGUUACCGGACAUUGUCCUGGUGAAGAAGAUAUACCCGGAGAAGGUAAAGAGGAACAAGGGGCGUAACUUCAGACUCAAGCAUCUGAGGAAGAACUCUGCUGCUGAAACUGUUACUGACGAUGGUAACGAUGGAGACUACAACGAUUUCCUGGAAGAUCUUGAAGAAGACCCGGAACUUCGUAAGAACAUAAACCUGUACAAGCGAGAACAGAAGCCCCAAUGGAUGGCAGAUGCAGAGGAGGUAUUAGCACCCAAGGUCGGACUAGAGGAGCUGCUGGAUGAUCUGGUAUUGGAUGUUGCUGACACUGACCAGGAUGGCAACAUGAUGACUGAUGAUGCUGAAAAUGCUGGCAGCUAAACUUUCUUUUGUUCUUUUAAAGAUUUUAAGUUUUUUA